GUGGCGCGCCUGCCUUGUGCCCGUGGGUUCGGUUCGCUCACAUCUCCCAAACUUUUGGCGAACACUAGAAAGUCCAACACAGACGCACACAAAUUACACAAAUUCUCUCUCUCUCUCUCUCUCUCUAAAACUUCUCUCUUAAAGUUUCUCAAUCAACGGUUUCUGCAAAACCCUAGCAUGGCACGGGCGCCUUUACUGUUCUGAAGCAACAAGAGAAGAAUUUACGCCUCAGACCUGUGAGUUCCGAAUUUUAAAUUUUCAUUUCAUUUUUGUUUGGCUGCCGGGAAAACGAAGGGGAAACAAGGAGAAGGUUUUGCGUAAUUUACUAAGCCAAGUGAUUGUACUGGACUUAAUUGAGAAGGUUUUUUUGUUGCUUUGGGGAGUUGUGUGAAUUGGCAGUGUAUAUUUGCUGCUUUAUCUUUUUUUGUUCGCCUUUAGUUUUCCCAGCAACCAAACGGUUCUACGCAGAUUGUUUUUGCAAUUAGAGUCAUGUGUGUUGUGACUUGGAAAUUUCAGGGUCAGGAGUAUGGUAGUUGGACAGAGGUUCGAAGUGUUAUUAGAAAGGAUCAAUAUCUCUGGAGGAUAUUUGAAUUUUGAAAAUCUUUGAUUGGGUGCUGUGUAAAUUUGGGGGAUAGUGGUUGUAUAAAUUGCUAAUGGCAGAAGACGGCCUACGAAUUGGUGGGCUUUCUUCUGGUUUGGCUGUGAUAUUGAAUGAUGAGGAUGGUAGAGGGAAUUCGUCGAAAACCCGUCUUGUUUCAUAUUGUGAUGAUUUUUGUCACCAAUCCGUGGAGCGAACUCUUGAAUAUGUAUUUGGUCUCCCUUACAAAUCAAUUGGUCCGUUGAGUAGUCCAAUUCACAGUAAUUUUGUUCGCUCUAUUGUAAAGAAUGAGUUCUCGAACUUUCAUGCGAGCUCGGGUUCUUUGGUUAGAAAUAGAGAUGGACUUUGUAUAUUUGAUAAUGGAUGUGGUCCCCAUAUUGUUGGUCUUGAAGAUAGCAGCAUUUGUGGUGAUAUAAGAAUCAUUAAGUCACCUUUGCUUGUAGAGAGCUUAGCCAUGUUCAGUAGUGUCAGGGCUAAUGUCUGUGUUUCGAAAGGGAAAUGGAUGUAUGAAGUUAUCUUAGAAACUUCAGGUAUACAACAGCUUGGAUGGGUGACUCUUUCUUGCCCUUUUACUGACCAUAAGGGCGUUGGUGAUGCUGAUGAUUCGUAUGCAUUUGAUGGAAGAAGGGUUAAGAAAUGGAAUAAGGAAGCUGAGCCAUAUGGUCAGCCGUGGGUUGUUGGUGAUGUCAUUGGAUGCUGCAUAGAUUUGGAUAAUGAUGAGAUUUCAUUCUUCAGGAAUGGCCUUUCACUUGGAGUGGCAUUUCAUGAAAUUCGCAAGAUGGGGUAUUAUCCAGCAAUUUCUCUUUCUCAAGGUGAACGAUGUGAAUUAAAUUUUGGGUCCCGCCCCUUUAAAUACCCGAUUGAAGGCUACCUUCCCUUUCAAGCACCUUCCUCUGUAACUUCUUUUGCUUCUCAGUUACUGGGGUGCUUGUCAAGGCUGUUGAAUUUGCAAAGUUUUGAGCGGGCUGAGCAUUCUUCUGUUGAGAAAUUGAGGAGAUUGAGGAGAUUUGUUUCAUUUGAAGAGAUUUUUGAUCCUGUAUCUCAUGGGCUAUGUGAGGAGCUUUUCUCUAUACUUGAAGCAGAUGCUGGGAGCAUGGAAUAUAUAGGCUGGGGUCCAUUUCUGUCAGUCAUGAUGGAGGCAUUUGGCAUGCAGGCACCACAUGAUUAUUCAAGUUUGGAUAAGGCUGUUGAUGUCUUUCUAGAAUUUGAAGGAUCCCAUCUGCUAUUUGAGCACCUGAUAAAUGCCCUCUCAUGUGGUUGCAAAACAGCUUCAUUGGUUCUAACAGAGUGCCCAUAUUCAGGAUCAUAUUCAUAUCUUGCAUUGGCAUGUCACAUCUUAAGACGAGAAGAAUUGAUGGUGCUUUGGUGGAAGUCAUCAGAUUUUGAAUUCUUGUUUGAAGGAUUUCUGUCAAGGAAGGCUCCAAACAAACAGGAUCUUGAGUGUAUUAUGCCUUCUGUUUGGUGGCCUGGUUCAUGUGAGGAUGUUUCCUACGAGAGUGGCAUGAUUUUGACAACUACUGCUUUGUCCAAAGCAGUCAUUAAGAUAGAGGAGAAGCAUAGGGACCUCUGUUGCUUGGUCAUUCAAUUCAUACCACCUCUAACUCCUCCUCAGUUGCCUGGUUCAGUUUUUAGGACAUUCUUACAGAAUCUUUUAUUAAAAAAUGGAGGAGCAGAUCGUAAUGUACUACCUCCGGGAGUUUCAAGCAACUCGGUUCUUGUUUCUUUGUACACAGUUAUACUCCAUUUUCUGUCCGAAGGAUUUGGCAUUAGGGAUAUCUGUGGCUGGUUGAAUAGCUGCGAAACCAUUGAUCCCAGUGUUGGUUUUCUUCAUAGAGGUGGUCAACAAAGUUUUCCCUUAUACUUAUUUUUAAGAAAUGAUCCACAUCGAACUGACAUAUCGAGGCUUGGAGGAUCAUUCAGUCAUCUAUUGAAAUCAAAUCCUGCAAAUAAUGAGGAAGAAGAAGUGAUCCGGUGGGAGGAAGGCUGUAUGGAUGACGAAGAAACCAGAGUAACUCAUUCAACCAGGCAGAAACCAUGUUGUUGUUCAACGUCAAGUUAUGAUGACUUGACAAGAAUCUCAAAGGAUCCAGUUAGAUACACAUCCAAAAGUUCUGGUCAUUGCAACCAUAUUCCAGAGAGAUCUGCUCAUGUUGCUGCAGAAUGUAGUGCUGGAAGUUUGAAUGAUGAGAUUGCGAAUAAACCUAGCUCCAGUGAUCAAUCUGAAUCUGAAUUUGGUUAUCGCCCAGUACAGCAUGUGAUGAAUGUACCUAGGGAAAGUAAUAUGUCUUCAGCUACACUACGAGAAGAAGAGCUUUUAGAUGCUUUGCUGUUGUUGUAUCACAUUGGUCUUGCACCGAACUUUAAGCAGGCGUCAUAUUACAUGUCUCAUCAGUUGCAGUCGAUCUCUGUUCUGGAUGAAACUGAUAAACAAAUAAGAGAAGGAACUUGCAGUGAGCAAUUAAAGCGUUUGAAAGAAGCUCGCAACUUUUACCGUGAAGAAGUUAUUGACUGUGUGAGACAUUGUGCAUGGUAUCGCAUUUCUCUAUUUUCUCAAUGGAAGCAGAGAGGGAUGUAUGCAAUGUGCAUGUGGAUUGUCCAGUUGCUUCUGGUUCUUAGCAAAUUGGAUUCGGUGUUUGUUUACAUCCCUGAAUUUUAUUUGGAAGCCCUGGUUGAUUGCUUUCAUGUGUUGCGUAAGAGUGAUCCUCCAUUCAUUUCCCCUGCAAUAUUUGUCAAACACGGACUUGCUUCAUUUGUCACCUUUGUUGUUACGCACUUCAAUGACCCAAGGAUAUCAAGUUCAGAUCUUAGGGAUCUUCUCCUUCAAUCUAUAUCGGUCCUGGUACAGUACAAGGAAUAUUUGGCUGCUUUUGAGAGCAAUGAAGCAGCAGUCCAGAGGUUGCCAAAAGCUUUGCUGUCGGCAUUUGAUCAGAGAUCCUGGAUCCCAGUAACCAACAUUCUUCUGCGACUGUGUAGGAGUUCUGCCUUUGGUUCUUCCAAGCAUGGGGAAUCGUCAUCUUCGUCAGUAGUUUUCCAGAGAUUGCUACAGGAAGCCUGCAUCAAUGACGAAGAGCUGUUCUCAGCUUUUCUCAACCGCCUAUUUAACACUCUCAGCUGGACAAUGACUGAAUUCUCAGUUUCCAUUCGAGAAAUGCAAGAAAAGUUCCAGGUACCAGAGUUUCAGCAAAGAAAAUGCACUGUCAUAUUUGAUCUCUCCUGCAAUCUUGCUAGGAUAUUGGAGUUCUGUACCCGUGAAAUCCCUCAAGCAUUCCUGUUGGGAACUGAUACAAAUCUUCGACGGCUAACUGAACUGAUUGUCUUUAUUCUGAACCACAUAACUUCAGCCGCAGAUGCUGAGUUUUUUGACUUGUCCCUUAGACGACACGGUCAUUCUUUAGAGAAAGUGAACCGAGGCAUGAUAUUGGCACCUCUUGUGGGGAUCAUCUUGAAUUUGUUGGAUGCUAGUUCUAGUACAGAGUGCAGGGAACACAAUGAUGUUGUGGGAAUCUUUGCAAGCAUGGACUGCCCUAAAACUGUUCAUUAUGGUUUCCAGUAUCUCUUGGAUUACAACUGGGCUGGAUCGUUCAGGGGGGAUGCUUAUGUAGGAAAACUCGGGCAGCUAGAGAAAUUUGCAAGCAUCCUUAUCAGCCGGACAGAGUCACAAGUUGAUACAAUAGGAUAUGGGGGAGAAACUGAGAUGGAUGAUAGCGCGUGCUGCAUCUGUUAUGCCAGUGAGGCCGAUGCCCAGUUUGUGCCUUGUUCACAUAGAUCUUGUCAUGGCUGUAUAACCAGGCAUCUUUUAAAUUGCCAGAGAUGUUUCUUUUGCAAUGCAACAGUCAUGGAGGUUGUCAGGAUUAGCAAUGGACUCUAAGCUGGCUGACCAGCAAUGGGCUAGUCGCCGUUAAAGCUUGAGCCCAGAAUUUGUUGAAUAUAGUCUUUGGGGUUGGGGGAGAUUCUCGUGGGCUUUGUAGGUAGUUGGGGGAGAGUCGGAGAUAGUCUCCUGGGGUUCUAUAAGAAUUUUGUAGGUAGUCUGGAGAGCAUUAUUCUGUAAAUAUGAGAUGUAAAUGGAAAGGAAAUUUCUCUCUC